AUGCAAGCUGGCAUGGACGGAGAGGAUAGUUCCUGCCACGAGAAGUUCUAUGAAGCAAGCAUCAGCGGUUAUGAGGAUGCAGGUGGACACAUUGAAUAUUCUAUCAGUUUGUCCCAUUGCAGUGGUGUCUCCUGGAGCCUUUGGCGAAGGUUUUCGGAGUUCUUGCAGCUGCAUGAGGAUCUCCUCCUCCGUUGCACGGCAGACGAAAACCAACUCCCCGAGGGACCUGAGAAGUCGUGGAUGCCUCCAUUCUCCCAGUCUUUGUUGGUGGAGUUCUGCAAACAGCGAGAGGUUGAACUUGGUGGCUACUUGAAGAAGCUUUUAUCUACUCCAGAGCUUCUGAAGAUGAAGCCGUUGGCCGAGUUUUUGGGCCUUCGAUCUCCUGAGUCACCUGCAGGCUUGCGUGUGGUGCCCCGUGCCAGUGGCUUGGAACUGGAGGUCACCCCUCCUGACGUGGAAACUUUCCCUUCUGCAAGAUCAGAGCUGGGAGGCCCUGUGGACGGCUAUUGGAUUGAGAUUCUCAACUUGGAGACCGGCAACAAGCAUCGCUUGAAGCGAGAGGUCGGCGCCUCUGGGCGCCUGAUGCAGACGGCACGUGUGGGACGCUUGGAGGCUGGGCGACACUGCUUCGCAUGUGCUGCCUUCAACGUAGCUGGCUGCUCAAGCCCUGUCUCCGUCACUGUGGAUCCAGCUGUGGCUGGCCUGGCGGCACAGCAAAUGCAUCAAGUGCCCAGUGUCCAGAGGCCGCAAGCCCAAGUCGGACGGUACUUGCCUCCCUUUCAGGAAGCCGCGUGCCCCCAUCAGGGCGGCCUGGCACAGCCUGUCCAUCCUGCACCUCUUUUGCGACAGACCCAAGUGGAGCAGGUCGGGCAGACCAGAUCCUCACCCCAGUCUUCUUAUCCCCGUGGCUGGGGACCGGUCCAGACACCAAGCAACACUCCCCAGACACCCAGCGUUGUGCAAAACCAUCCUCGUAUUCAAGCUCAGCAGCCAUGUCGUCCUUUAUGUCCGAGCAACGCAGGAACGUCGUGCAGGUAUGCUGACCCUGCUGCAAGCAGAACUGGCCCAAAGCAGCAAGAGACUGGUGCAAAGAGUGCAGCUCAUGGACCAGAACUGGAAGACGAGUCCGAAGAGCUGCUGUGUGUGGUUUGCCUAGCCGCUGUAUUUGCGCUACAUGUGCUAAAGAGGCUUUUCCAGAAUCCAGACGGAGCUGCCCUGUUUGCCGUGCUGCGCCUUGGCCAGCAGACCACCCGGAGCUCGCCAAAAGCACGUCAGAGGCCUCCAAGCCAAAUCAUUGUGAAGAUGCGCUCCACUGUUCCAUUGGGCCUUCCAUUGGCAGCAUAUGGUCCUGACAUGCAAGGUGCAGAGAUCCUGGCAGAGCUUCCGGAGAGAUCUUCGCCGCGAGGCUCAGUGACAUUGCCGUUACGUUUUCAUGCUCCAAAGUGCACAGAUGGACCAUCAGUUGAGGAGCCCGAGCAGUCUGGUGAGAACCGCCGUGCCCAAGGAUUCAUAGUGACGCUGGAUGCUUCUGUUGGCGGGCUUGGCAUUGAGUCCUCCAACCUUAGACAUCCCUUCUUUCGGGGAAGCUCUUUACGGCGACCCUUUACAUCUUUCGUUCCAACAGAUGAUUGGAGUCCACCUGAAACAGCAAAAGCUGCUCCUGAAAUAGCUGCUCCUCGAGGGCAUCCUGCUUUGCCUGGCCGGGCCUUGCGCAGAUGCUUCAGCAGUGCUUCAGUGAGAUCUGGGUGUCAAGAUUCACCUACAGCGCACGGAUCAAGGCCAUCACUGGCGGGAAACUCACCCAGAGCAAGCCCAAGACGUCCAAGAGGGGCGCCAACAUGGCCUUCUUGGCAGGCUUCCAAAGUGAGGUCCGCCGAGCGGUCAUGCCGCUUGCAGCGGCCAGAGUCUGCACCUUGCAUCAGCGCGCUGGUGAAUGGGCCACAAGCUCGACACAAGCCAACAGGCGCUGGCACCAAACCUCUUGAGCGAAAGGUCAGGCAAAAAUCAGCUGCUCCUGUUGGCUGCGCAGACGAUGCAGGAGGUUGGACAGGUGAAAGCGAAGAUGGGUACAAGAUGUACAAGGCUGGCCAGGCAGAUGAGGGCCUCUCGCGCUAUUGCCAGGCCUUUGCUGCUGCGGUUGAAAACUUCAAAGGUUCUCGCUCGCAAGUGUUGAACUCUUCUUCAGCAACACUACCUUCACGGAGAUAUGCUAUGCCUCGCCCACGAUCUGGUAUUCCCUUUGCGCUGAAGGAACCCUAUCCAGAAGCACCGAGGUCAGGCUAUUUGUGUUCAAACAUUUCUGGCAUCAAUGCUUUGCUGGCUUCUCGCAGAAACGCCUUGAGUAAAAGUGGUGUUCUGGAUGCAGCUUCAAAGCCUGGUGGCGCAUGA